GCGCCGCUGACAGUCAAACAGCAUCCCGUCACGCUCCCAGUGGUCCAGGAUCUUCCUCAGACCAGAUAGACGCCUCUCCCGCUUACCCCUUUUCUCACUUUACCCCUCCUGCUUUGCUCUGCGCUGUCCCCUGGAAUCAGCUUAGUGAGCGUGUGUAUCUAUGCGAGACACUUUACUGCUCGAUGCACCGAUUUACUACGCCGUAAGCAUCACCGUGUACAUAUGCAGAUGCUUAUUGCGUAGUAUAUUGAUCUGCUCCAUGGUUACUUUACUACCGCACGUGUAGGUGGCAAACGAACUGCAGAGUAGCUACUGCAUAGCAAAGUCCGUGUAGACCGGGAGCAGAUUUGCUCCCAGUCAGCUGAGGGGCAGGGAUCAGGAGGUUGCUCCCUGGCCCCGUGAGCUGCCUGUUGCCGGCAUGGGCUCCCAUGGCAGAGCAUGUCCUCCUGUCCCGGCAGCAGGGAGCUCCUGGCCCCAGCUCUGGAAACAGCUGGAACUGGGGAAUGAGUUCCCCACCCUAGAGACCUGGCACCAGCACUUCCAAAGCCUCUGCUCCCAGGAGGCGGAGGAGCUUUGGGAGCUCUGCAGCCGCCUGCGGGAGCUGUGCCAGCGCUGGCUGGAGCCCAGCACCGCAGCAAGGAGCAGGUGCUGGAGCAAGCCCUGGCCAUCCUGCCCCAGAGAUAAUGCUGGGAGUGGGGGCACGGUGUGGACACCUGUGCCAAGUCAGUGGCCCAGGGCGAGGGUUUUCAGGUGGGACAGGCGGGGUGAGAAGUGGUUGUUUCACCCUGAUCAUCACAGCUGCCGUCCCCACCUCCAUGUGUCUGGGGGACGUUCCCCUCCGUCCUGUCUCCCAGUUCCUGGCUCCCCAGUGACAGAUUUAUCUCAUUCCCAGAUCACAGCGAGUGUGAAGGUUGAGGAGAUCUCCCCAGACAAGAUGCAGCCCACGGUGUCAUUGCAGGAACCUGGCGAUUGCUGGCUGGAGCAGCCCAAGGCCCGUUGUACAGACAGGCAUCGGGAGGAGGCAGGACUGGGGGAAACCACAGGACCUCAGGACAAGACCCCUCAUGUCCCCAAAGAGCAGCCCUCGUCCGACCAGAAGUCAGAUUCUCCUAAAACAGAGGAGACCUGGGACUGCGCACCAGACGAGAGCUGCUCAGGUUCCUACCCUGGACAAAGUCCUUCCCCAGGAGCAGGGACCUUUAGCAGAGCUGAUGAACAGCCUCCUGAGGAGGUGCCCGUAUUCCUGGAGCUACAGAGGACUUGCCCGGGGAGAAUGGGAGAGAUGGAUUCCCUGAUACCUCAACCAGGCCAGCUGGGGAAGGGGCAGGGCAUGCCUCCAAAGCAGGGAUCCUGCGGGCUGGAUGGAACGGCUUGGCGGGCCGCAUUCAGCCCAUGGGCCGCAUUUUGCCCACCCCUGCUCCAGGUACACUGUGACACCCCACCACCCAUAGGCAACGUGUGGGGAGAGGCAUGGGGGGCACAUGUACCCCCUGACAGGGAGUCCAUGGGAGCUCGCCAGCUCUGGCCCCACCGCCACUGCCAGCAUCUGCGGGAGCUUGCCCAGACUCGGGAGGCAGCAGUCACCCAUGCCGCCACCACCAGGAAGCACAACACUGCGGUCUCUGCAACUGAACCCAGCAAGUCCCCUCCAGCCUGGCCUAGACCGUGGAGCGUAUAGAGCCUCUGCAGCUGAUGCCAGCAGGGUCUUUCCAGCUCAGCCAGUGGCCCCUCAGCCUUAUGGGCAUAUAGUUGGGUAGGAGUGAGGAGCGCACCUGGCUGCUAGACAUCUGUGCUAGUUUGAGGGGAGGCAGAGGACAGGGUAGAUUUGCACCUUACAAACUAAGUGAAGCCGAGAGGCACAGCAGAAGUUUUUGCACGGCCAAGCUCAUUUCUCAGAUGUAAUGAAAGGACAUGGACAAGCCAGGCUAUCAAAUAAAGAUUGAGUCUUUUGAAUACCAAAUACGGUGUGGGGAGGGAGGUGAGAGUCAAGACACUGCUGGGAGAGGGGAAAAGAAGUGAAGGCCCCCACCCACAAAGCGCACACAGAAGCCUCUGUAUUAAGGAUGGAGCCCGGUUUGCACUGGGAGCCACUCCAAGGCGUGGUACCCUGGUGUGAAUGGGAGUUGGUAGCCUGUUGUUUGAGAGGCUGUUUGAGCUUGCCUGUUAGCCAGACCGGUUUGUCCCCCAUGGCCACACUGAAGCAACCGUCCUUGCCCAGGAGGGGAUGCAGGUCAGUAAUAAUGUGUCCAAGGGUUCGUAGGUUCAUAGAUUGUGGAGUCGGAAGGGACCACAAUGGAUCAUCGUGUCCGACCCCCAGCCAGGUGACUAUCCAGCCUGUUUUUGAAGACCUCCAAGCUAGGUGAGAGCACCACCUCUCUUGGCAGCCCAUUCCAGAUCCUGGUCACCCUUACUGUGAAAAAUUUCUUCCUAAUAUCUAACCUAAAUCCACUCUCAACUAGUUUGCACCCAUUAUUCCUAGCCCUAAUAAAUAGCACUUCCCCUAUUCCCCGUUGACUUCCCUAAUAAAUUUAUAGGCAGCCACAAGAUCUCCCCUCAGCUGUCUCUUGUGCAGGCUGAAGAGAUUCAGCUCUCAGCCUCCCCCCGUAGGGUCAAUCACGAAGGCCACUAAUCAUGCGAGUGGCUCUCCUGGACCCUCUCCAGAUUCCCCGUGUCCCUCCUGAAGUGCGGCGCCCAGAACUGGACACAGCACUGCAACUGCGGCCUGACCUGUGUCACAUCGAGGGGGAGCAGCACCUCCUUUGUCCUAUUAGUCAUGCACCUGCUAAUGCACUACAAGGUGCGACUGGCCUUGUUGAUGGCCUCGUUACACUGCCGGCUCAUGUUCAUCUUGGGGUCAACCAUGCCUGCAAGAUCCCUCUCUGCCUCUGAGCUGCUGAGAAGGACACUCCCCAACCUGUAGGUGUGCUGGGGGUUCCUCCUUCCCAGGUGGAGUACCUUACAUUUAUCUUUGUUAAAUGGCAUCCUAUUUCUCUCUGCCCAUUGCUCCAACCUGUCCAGGUUGGCCGGAAUCUGCUCCCUGCGCUCUGGUGUGCUAACUUUGCCCCAUACCUUGGUAUCAUCAGCGAACUUGGAGAGGGUGCUCUCCACGCCCUUGUCCAAAUCGCUGCUGAAGAUAUGAAAUAAUACCAGUCUGAGGACCGAACCCUGCGGGACCCCACUGCCCACCUCCUGCCAGGCCGAGAAGGAGCCAUCCACCACCACUCUCUGGUGCGGUCCCUAGGCCAAUUGACCACCCACCUGGCCAUGUAGGUGUCCACCCCACAGUCUGCUAGCUUCCCAAUGAGGAUAGGGUGCGAAACUGUGUCAAAGGCCUUCCUAAAGUCCAGGAAGAUGACAUCAGCCUCGGCUCCCACAUCCAGGCAGUGUGUGACCUGGUCAUAGAAGGCUACAAGGCUUGUCAGGCAGGAUGUACCCGUGACAAACCUGUGCUGGUUUCCCCUCAGCAUCGUUUCCCCUGCUGGGCCUGCACAAAUGUGUUCCUUGAUUAUUUUCUCUAGCAUUUUCCCAGGAACAGAGGUAAGACUGACUGGUCUGAAGUUACCCAGCUCAUCCCUUCUCCCUUUCUUGAAAAUGGGCACCACAUUGGCCCUUCUCCAGUCCUCAGGGACCUGGCCGGAGCACCACGAGUGCUCGAACAGCCGUGCCAGUGGCUCAGCUAUGACACCGGCCAAUUCCUUCAGCAGCCGUGGAUGGAGGUCGUCCGGGCCUGCUGACCCAUACCCAUCCAGCUCCGCCAGGAGCUCCCUCACUAUUUCAGAACUGACCGUAGGCGGACUGGUGCCCUGCGGACAUCUGUCAGUGAUCGAGGUGGGGGAAUUGGCUCGGUCGGUACUUAGAAAUACUGAAGCGAAGAAGUCAUUGAAGAGCUCUGCUUUUUUCCCCACGUCAACCACCAGCUGUCCUGAUUUGUCCCGCAGGGGCCCUAUGUUUUCUGAGACUUCCUUUUGCCGCUAUAUACUUGAAGAAGGACUUCUAUUGUCCGUGAUUGUUGAAGUCAGCCUGAGCUCAAGCCCUGCCUCGGCCUGUCUAACUGACUCCCUGCAAUAGCGCGCCAGCGAGAUAUAUUCCUCCUUGGUGGCUGCCCCCUGCUUUCAUUGCCCAUACAUCUCUGUCUUUGCCCCCAGACUCUCCUGCGGUUCCCUGUUCAGCCAAGGGGGCUCUUUUGCCCCCUUACCUCCCUUCCUACAUAAUGGGACAGACUCCUUUUGAGCCCCAUGGAUCACUCCCUUGAGAUACCUCCACCCCUCCUGGACCCCCAUGUGCUCUAUGUUCUUGAGUUGCAUCCCCUCGCUAACUAGCCUUCUAAGCUUGCCAAAGUUGGCCCUUCUGAAGUCCAACACCUUAGCCCCACUAGUGACUUUACCCACCCUUCGCUGGAUAGUGACCUCGACCAAGUGAUGGUCACUAUGUCCCAGGCUACCGUGAACACGCAUGUUCCCCACGGGAUCAUCCCCUGUUGCUAAGACCAGGUCAAGCAAGGCGCUGCCCCGGUGGGGCUGGACACCGCCUGGGCGAGGUGGAGGUCCUGCACGCACCGUGACCACCGCCUCCCUCGCCUGUGUGGCAUCUGCUAGCUGCCCGGAGAUACAUCGUCUAGCUCUUGAUCCCGAUGAGGAGGCCUGUAGUAGACCCCCACAACCAAGUCCUUUUCCCCUGGCCCCCCUGGAUCCUGGCCCACAGUGCCUCGGUGUUCCCCUCCUCCACCCCCGCCUUGAUGGUGGAAGACGUAUACUGCCCCUCAACAUCGAGUGCUACCCCCCCACACACCUUUUUUCCCCACGCUGCCAUGCCUAUACAACCUGUGCCCCUCGCCCACCGCCCGGUCGUGUGCACGACCCCACCGUGUCUCGGUUAGUGCGGCUCGGUCAGACUGGGUGCUAGCGAGCAAGGGUGCGAGCUCCUGCUUGUUCCCCGUGCUCCUGGUGUUUGUAUAAAGACACUUAGUCCCCCAAAGGGGGCUCUUGGUGCCCUGUGCCUUGAUGGGUGCAUUCCCUUUAUUACUUACCUGGUGUGGUGUGGUGCCGUGUUUGUGGCUUACCGACCCCUUAAUACUUACCUGGUGCGAUCUGGCAUCUUGUGUGAUGAGCGCUCUGCUAGAAGCCGAAGAGGCAGGAGGGUUGCAUAUUUUAGUUUGAACCUUGAACCACCUUUUAAGUUGCUCAUCACUGAAGCAUAGUUGAAAA